UCUAUCUAUACUUUGCUUCUCUCUCUCUCUCUUCCGUUCAGUAAAUAUAUAUACCAAAAAAUACACGCGUGGCUUCCUUGAAAGGCUUCUGAUCUGAACUCUGAGCGCGCACAGCCAAAGAGGAACUCGAAAAGGAUUCGCGAAGUGCCAAAGCGCAGCUACACCUGUUUUCAGAACUCUGUACCUUAUUGGAGCGCAUACGUUAGUUUGAGAUAAACGUUCACUUUGAUUUAUUUAUGUAUUACUAGGUGCGAAAGUUCAACUGAAUCAGAAGUCAGAAGCUGUUUUCUUGUCUAUGAGGAAUGUUUGCUGGUACAGUUCAACUGUUUGAAUAUGAACUCGAUUAAGCAUUGGAAUGAAGAUGGUUUUGGUCUGGAAUAUUUUUAGUUUUAAACUCCUGCUUUGUCAACUAUUAAUAACCAAAGAACAGUGCAUUGGGAAGAAUGAGUAGACAAGCUAUGCCUUGGAUUGGUUUGCUUCUACAUUGAUGAAGUUAUAUUGCUCGGUUUCCUCGAAUUUGCAAAAAGAUUCCUGAUUAAUUGCAUCCCAGGUCCUUCUUAAGGUGGAAUCGUGAGGCAUAAUGUAAUUGGACGUAUUCGGCACAUUUUGAAGCUGCUUGAAACCAAAAAAUACCAGUGGAUAACACUGCUUUAUUUUUGAAAAUAAAAAUAAAAUGGAAUCUGAGACAUUGAUUACUGAUUAUCAGCAAAUGACUAGAGAGCGGAUGCUUGCUGCUGUGGGACCGGUACUUUGGAUUGCUACCAGCUAUAUAGACCCUGGAAAGUGGGCAGUAGCUGUAGAGGGGGGUGCUCGUUUUGGUUUUGAUUUGUCAUUGCUUUUGCUUAUCAUAAACUGCGCUGCUAUUUUGUGCCAGUACCUUUCUGCCCGUGUAGCCAUUGCCACUGGAAAGAAUCUUGCUCAGAUUUGCAGCGAAGAAUAUGAUGAUGCGACAUGCAUAGCCAUAGGAAUUCAGGCAGAAAUCUCCAUGAUUGUGUUGGAUCUCACAAUGGUUCUUGGUAUCGCUUUUGGUCUUAAUGCUGCCUUUGGAAUCGACCUACUUAAUUGUGUUUUUCUGACCGUCUUUGAUGCUGUUCUGUUUCCAUUGCUCGCUAGCCUCUUUGGAAAUCCCCAAGCAAAUAUCCUAUCCAUAUGCGUGGCAUGCUUUGUAUUAGCAUCUUAUGUUUCGGGAGUUCUAAUAAGUCAACCAGAAAGCUCGCUGUCCAUGGGUGGGAUGCUUAGUAAGCUAACUGGGGAAAAUGCCUAUGCAUUGAUGAGUGUCCUUGGAGCCAAUAUUAUGCCACACAACUUUUACCUCCAUUCUUCUAUUGUACAGCAAGAUAAGAGGCAAACUAAUGUUCCUAAAGGGGCAUUGUGCCAUGACCAUUUUUUGGCCACUUUAUGCAUCUUUAGUGGCAUUUUCCUGGUGAAUUGUAUGCUAAUUAAUUUGGCAGCAAAUGUGUUCUAUAGCAGUGGACUCAUUUCGCUUACUUUACAGGAUGCAUUGUCAUUGUUGGAUCAGGGAUUGAAGAGUUCGUUGGUUUCGAUUGCUUUAAUAAUCAUUAUGUUCUUCUCCAAUCAACAUGUAGCAGUAACAUGGAGUCUUGGAGGACAAAUGAAUGCACAUGAUUUGUUGAGAUUGGAGAUUCCGGGUUGGCUUCAUUGUGCUUCGAUCAGAAUAAUUGCCAUCUUUUCAGCCCUCAUUUGCAUCUGGAAUUCAGGAGCUGAAGGCAUAUUUCAGCUUCUGAUCUUUACGCAGGUCGUUGUUGCUCUUCUACUGCCAUCUUCUGUUAUCCCCUUGUUUCGAGUUGCUUCCUCCCGAUCGAUUAUGGGUGCCUAUAAAAUUUCUCGUCUGGUGGAGUUCUUAGCUUUAGUCACCUUCGUUGGAAUGCUGGGGCUACAGGUUGUAUUUGCGAUCGAACUUGUAUUUGGCAGUAGUGACUGGGUUAUUAGUUUGAGCUGGAAUAUUGGGAGUAACGUGCCUAUUUCGUAUUACAUUCUUCUAGUUGCUGUUUUUGCCUCCACUUCUGUGAUGCUUUGGCUGGCAGCCACUCCAUUGAAGUCUGCAAGUUCUGGAGUAGAUACACAGAUAUUGAAGUGGGACAAAAAGGCUGAUAUGACGGAGUCAUGUAAAGAGAGGGAUUCGGCUGAAAUUAAGGAAGUGGAACAUCAAUUUGAAAAGUCUAUCGAAAAGCAGGAACCUACGUUAGCAUUUCAAAAUCCCUUUGAGAACCGUCAGAACUUCUCAUCUUCACCUACUGAUCUGAAUUUGCCUGAAACUCUUUUGGAUUCCGAGGUCAGUCAAUGUUUGACUACGAUCGAGGAGAAUAAAUCCGAGUUCACAUUUCCAAAGCCUUCCCUAGACCAUCUGGAGGGAUCUGCAAUGAUUUCAGGAACCAUCUUUCCUGAAUCGGUCAAGAUUGACAAGAAUGAAUCUCUCGACAACACAACCUUUAGCCCUGAACCAAAAGAAAUGGUGAAAAAGACGCUGAAAAUCGAGGGAGAUGUGCAGAGUGAGAAAGACGACGAAGGAGAACAUUGGGAACAUGAUGAAUUGACUAAGGAUGUUUCCGAGAGCAGCCUGUCUUUGAUAUCCGAGGGUCCAGGAUCUUUCAGAAGCCUCAGGGGAAAAAUCGACGAUGGAGGAAGUGGUCCGGCAAGUCUUUCAAGAUUAGCAGGAUUAGGACGUGCUGCAAGGCGCCAGUUAACCGGAGUUCUCGAUGAAUUUUGGGGGCAGCUGUUUGAUUUCCACGGUCAAGCAACGCACGAAGCAAGGGCUAAGAAACUUGAUGUUUUGCUGGGGAUUGAUUCUAAGGUAGAAUCGAAAUCUUCCUUUGCACCUUCGAAAUUGGAGACCAUUAACAAAGAUUCUGGCUAUUUCCCUUCUACCGCUGGAGUUGGAAGGGGAUCUGAUCUUUUAAGAAACUCCACCUUUUACAACUCUCCAAAGCAACACAUCGGAUCGCCUCUUGGUGUUCAACAAGGGUCAACAAUGUGGUCUAAUAAUCAGAUGCAAUUAUUAGAUGCGUACGUGCGGAAUUCCAGCCAAGAUGCCCUCGAUUCCGGCGAGAGGCGCUAUCACAGUGUCCAUAUUCCAUCAUCUUCUGAUGGUUAUGACCAACAGCCAGCCACUAUUCAUGGUUAUGACAUGGCGUCAUAUCUGAGUCGAUUGUCCAAAGAGACGAUUUCGGAUUAUCCAAAAAGUCAACAACUAGAGUCAUUAAAGCAAGCCUCAACACCCUCAAUAAAAUCAAACUCAAUAGAUUCAUAUAACCGACCACUAGGGCAAACCCCACAAAACGGUUCACGCAUGCUAAAGCCGCCCGGUUUUCACAAUGUUCCCGUUUCUCGAAACAGUUCGUUGAGAUCCGAAAGACCUAAUCUUGAUCUCACCUCUCCCGAGCCAGUGGAUUACAGUAACAACCCGCCCAAUGUGAAGAAGUAUUACAGCUUGCCAGACAUAUCAGGACUUUAUGCCCCUCAGAGAGAUUCUUCUUCAUAUGACAACACCACUCGAUGGGAUUAUUCGACCAGCUACGGGCAGUCAAUGAACCGACCAGCAUAUACAAACGCUUCACCAUAUGCUGGUACUACUGUUCCAGGUCUAAAUCAAUUUAACAAUCCAAAGGUCUGCAGCGAUGCUUUUUCGUUGCAAUUUGCUUCCAGGCCAGGUGUCGGUUCAUUGUGGUCUAGGCAGCCAUACGAACAAUUUGGCGUGGCUGAUAAAUCUCCUCCUAAAAUCCAAGAAACCGCGUCUAUUAUCGAUAUGGAAGCGAAGCUUCUACAGUCUUUCAGAAGCUGCAUAACUAAACUUCUGAAGCUAGAAGGUUCCGAGUGGCUGUUCAGACAGAACGACGGUGCUGACGAGGAUCUCAUUGAUCGAGUAGCUGCAAGGGAGAGAUUCCUAUACGAAGCCGAAAAUAUGACUGCAGAAGGAAAGCUUGGUUCUGUCAUGAAAAACGACGAAGCAGACCAUUCGAAGUUUAUUUCAGUUCCUAAUUGUGGUGAUGGAUGUGUUUGGCAAGUUGAUCUUAUCAUAAGCUUUGGAGUCUGGUCCAUUCGCAGGAUUCUUGAACUUUCCCUCGUGGAAAGCAGACCCGAGCUUUGGGGGAAAUACACCUACGUACUUAAUCGUCUUCAGGGGAUUAUUGAUUUGGCAUUUUCAAAGCCACGUUCGCUAGUGCCGCCCUGUUUCUGCCUGGAGCUUCCUGCUGGCUACCAGCAAAAGUCGAGCCCGCCUAUCUCAAACGGGAGUUUGCCACCACCUUCAAAAUUGGGUCGUGGGAAAUUCACGACCGCUAUAAUCUUAUUGGAGACAAUCAAAGACGUCGAAACUGCUAUAUCUUGCCGUAAGGGCAGAACGGGAACUGCAGCCGGUGACGUGGCGUUCCCGAAAGGCAAAGAGAAUUUGGCAUCUGUUCUCAAACGGUACAAGCGCCGAUUAUCGAGUAAGCCAGCUGGCGCAAACAAGAUUUCGGCUUUGUCUACUCAAGGCUUGUAACACUUGUUUUCGGUUCAUAGGUGCUUUGAUGGUUAUUUUGUUUGCGUUGCUAAGUACCGAAAAAAAUUCCACUCAGCAACUAUGGACUCUUGCCAUUCCCCCCUUUGUGUAUCUAAAAAUAUUGGCUGCUCUUUUUUUUUCUUAAAUUUUCUUCGGUUGUUGUACUUUGUGGUGUAUACAUAGGACAAAAACUGUACUGUACUAGAUCAUCUAACACAGCAUCAUCAGCUUCAGAAAACAGUGACAAGAAAAGGUGGAAAUAUAUUUUUAUUGCAAGUAGGGUGUUGCUUUU